CAAUAUUUCCAAAGAUCGGGCCGACACGAGGCGUGUGCGGGGUUUCCUGUCGUGUGCGGGCCGAGGAAGCCAACGGCAUUCGCGACUCAGAGUAGUAGUUGGGUUGUGUGUGGGCUGCGGUACGACGUCGAGGGGAAAGGAGCGGGGGGACACCCCGUCCCCCUUCUUCCCCCUUACCGAUGCAGAAUCCAGUCCCGCGGGCGCGCCCCGCGCACAACUGUGCAACCAGCGCCACUCCAGUGCGAGUCUGUCCGGGCCGGCGGUGGUGAACGCAUAGCAGUUCUGCACGGAGUGGCGCCGCGCUCAGCACCGCCCUGCACAGCCCUGCACAGUACGGCCCCAGCCCGGUGAAUGAGUGACUCAAGCAGCCUGCUCCCGCGGCGCCCCACCUGCCUGCUCUGCGCCAUCGCCGCCGCCGCCGCCGCUUCACGGUCGCUGAGACAGGACGUCUCCGUCAGCUGUACCUGGACGGCCAGAGCAGCAGCCCGCCACCACCGGGCGCUGCACCGCUGAGGUACUCGCGGGCUCGCGGUGCACCACACCAACAGCAGGCCGAGCCGUAGUCGGCGCGCGCCCCUUCGCCCCGCAGAUGGACGCCCGCAGCUCCAUGGCGACGUCGGUGACGUUGGCGCUCCUGCUGGCCCUCCUCGCUGCCGAGGGGCUGGCCCGGCCGCAGGCACCCAGCGCCGGCAAGGCCCCGCUCGGCACCGCCUACGACGAGAUCGUGGUGGAGACUCACCUGGCGGUGCGGCCCAAGUCGCCCAGCGUGGGAGUCGGGCUCCGCAGGGCCAAAGCCGUGUACUUCCGGCCCAACGCCACGGCGUCGGGAGCCGAGGUCCGGCGCAUCACCCCGCUCGCCGCCUCCUCCUCCUCCACGACGACCAGCCCCGGCAGCGACGACGGCAUCUCGUUCGCGGCCAGGGUCGUCGGCGUGGAGAACCCCCUCGCGAGAGCGAGUCGCGCGCGCCUGGCCGCGGCCGCCGAGCGGAGCAGAAGGGAGUCGUCUGGAACACCCGGGGGCUACAGCAGCAGCAGCAGCUACAGCUUCAAGUCCAGCAGCUCCAGCAAAAGCAGCCGCUCAGGGCCCGCAGUGGCAGUUGCCGAGCCCGUGGCGGCGGCCGAGCCUGUAGACUCGUCCUCCAGCAGCAGCACGAGCAGUAGAUCUUCAUCCUGGACGCUGCCUGAUGGAAAGACCUAUUCGGUCCACGAGGACAGCAUCUCCUCGCAGGGGCCGGACGGGAAGCCCUCGUCCUCCACGCUGCUCAGAGUCAUUAUUGGGGACCACUAGACACGGAUCGACCACAUUUUCAAAAGAAAACGGGGUAAUACAAAGCUAUAACCCAUGAAUGAAGAGUUGAUUUGAAAAAAGUAUCUUAGACGAUGAUCUCUACUUCUCGUAGAGCUAAGCUCGGCUGUGAGGCAGAGCGCCUGUAGGGUAGGCAUGCCCGUUAGACCUGGGUGCGCUGUCGUACUAUGGGUUGCCUAUCCUACGCCUAGUCUUUCUUGACUUAUGACCAGACCAUACAGGGCAGAAGACUAUCUGUCCACAAACACUAAACAUUAUAUCUUCCAGAUAGGCUCGGUCAAUGUAUUUCUGACAAAAUCCUAUUUCCCUGAUGUAAAUGAUAUGUAGUAAACUCAUGACAUAGAAGAUUCUUGAGCGGAGUUGAAGAGGUGUUACCUUUAUUUGUAUGUUGUUUUUCCCCUAACUUGAUGUUAUGCCACAUGACCCAAGAAAAUUUUUGUCUUGUAGUAAGUUGGCCUUAAGGUACACUUCCCUUUCAACACAAACUACAAAAUGAAUGAUAAAAGCUGUUAAAAGAGUAAAAAAUUUAAUUUAAAAAAAUAAAACAGAAAAGGUACAUAAUUACAGGAAAUUGAAUGAAAACGUAACAAAAGCAAAA